UCGCAGACGGCUAGCCUGCUGUGCGAAUGUUUGUGUAUGUAGACUGACGACUACACAGUGUGUUUCAGAAGUUUUGCUCGAGAGUUCUGUUAUUACUAAUCAUGUCUCGUGUACUGAACUGUAUUGUUGCUGUUUGCCCUGACAUGGGCAUUGGGAAAAACGGGACUUUGCCCUGGCAUCCAAUAAGGUUAAGUAAUGAAUUCAAGCACUUUCAGAGGAUGACAAUGACUCCUACAGUUGAAGGUAAAAAGAAUGUGGUUAUAAUGGGACGGAAAACGUGGUUCUCGAUACCCGCCCAAAAUCGACCUCUCAAAAACAGGAUCAAUGUUGUCCUCAGCAGAGAGUUAAAGACACCACCAGAGGGCGCCCACUAUCUCGCGUCAGAUUUGAGUUCAGCUCUCCACCUGCUGGACACACCAGAUAUUACAGCUCAAGCAGAUCAAGUCUGGAUUAUUGGAGGCAGUUCAUUGUACAAGGAGGCGAUGGAGAGCCCAGGCCACCGUCGACUGUUUGUGACAAGAAUACUGCAGCAGUUUGACUGCGACACUUUCAUACCAGACAUUAACAUGGAGAAGUAUCGCCUUCUGCCUGACUUCCCUGGAAUUCCCACAGGUGUGCAGGAGGAGAACGGUCUUAAGUACCAUUUUGAAGUUUACGAGAGUGUUCGCCACUGAACACAUUCAAAUGAAAGAGUGGAGGAAAACUUUUAAAGACAUUUUCAUAAAUCUGGUGGCUUUUCCUGAAAGAAUGAACAUAUGUCACAGACAUACAUUGCAAUGCACAUCAGUGCA